AUGACACGGAAACUCAUUACUGCCAUCAGUUUUCUCCUAUUACUUCAGAUCACCAACGCACUUCAGUGCUUUGACUGCUAUGGAACGGGUCCAGAUCACAAAGAAUGCAAUCAAGAAAGGACGUGUCAUGGAGUCGCUUGUAUGAUUUUUGAUGCCGGUGACAACAAGACAGCUUCUGCUUUUUGUCUUCUUGCAAUGAAAGGAAGCAAAAUGGAAGAAGCGAAAGACGGGUGUUGGUUGGAGCCAGAUGGAAAGGGAAAGCACUGCAUGUGCUUUACUGAUUUCUGCAACAAACUCGUUGAUCGCAGAAAUACUGAUGAAGUUGACCCAAUGGCUCCACUCCUACCAACUGCCGAGUUCCUCAAGCAAAAUCCACUUGUCGAUUAUGACGCUCCAAAUCUUGGUGACUACGUUGACGAAGGAUCCCAUCCAGCUCCACAACAUGCCCUCUUCCCAUCAGCCGACAAGCCAGAUCCACGGGUUGCAGGAGGUGCUGACGAUGAUGAAGAUGAUCUUGUUCCAGUCGGAUUCUCUGAUUAUGAACAGGUUGAAGAAAAGCGCAGAACAACAAAAGAACAGAAGACGUCUCCAACUGAAGCAACAACGACAACUACUCCAGAUGGAGUUGAAUUGCCACAUGAUUCUGAUUCAAAUGUAGUUAAAGUUGAUGACGUGGAAGUAGAUGAGGAGCUGAGAAGACCGAUGAGCAGAGUUCCAGAAGAUAGAAAAGAAAACGAGGUAUCAGCUAGCUUCAAACCACCAUCUUGGGUUCUUUUCGUCUUCCCAAUGGCUGCAUCAUGGGCUCGAUUCUGGAGCAGUUUCUAA